CUGUCCCACCCACACGAACAGAAAAUGGGCAUUAUGGGAUAAGGGCGGAAUAUAUCUGGGAGGUUCCGGAUCCCUGGACUGGCCUGGGAUAGACUGCAGCAGUGAGAAAAAUCUAAUCUAAAGUAAUUUAUUUACGUAUACAUUCCCAGAGGUUCAGGGGACAUGUCUCAGUCUGGAGAGAAAGGGAAGUUUCCUGAGGCAGCAGGAUAUGUGGGCUUCGCUAACCUGCCCAACCAGGUGCACAGGAAGUCUGUGAAGAAAGGCUUUGAGUUCACGCUGAUGGUUGUGGGGGAGUCCGGUUUGGGGAAGUCUACUCUGAUCAACAGCCUGUUUCUGACGGACCUUUACCCUGAGCGCUAUAUCCCCAUCGCUGCAGAGAAAAUUGAACGGACCGUCCAGAUUGAGGCGUCUACUGUGGAAAUUGAGGAACGGGGGGUGAAACUACGCCUCACAGUGGUGGACACGCCUGGUUAUGGUGAUGCUAUUAACAGCCAAGACUGCUUUAAGACCAUCAUCCAGUACAUUGAUAACCAGUUUGAGCGCUACCUGCACGACGAGAGCGGGCUCAACCGCCGGCACAUCGUGGACAACCGUGUUCACUGCUGCUUCUACUUCAUCUCACCCUUCGGACACGGGCUGAAACCCCUAGAUGUCGAGUUCAUGAAGGCCAUUCACAGCAAGGUGAACAUUGUCCCCGUCAUCGCAAAGGCUGACACCCUGACGCUGAGAGAGCGGGAUCGUCUGAAGAGGAGGAUCCUGGACGAGAUUGCAGAGCACGGAAUUCGCAUAUACCAGCUUCCAGAUGCAGAUUCAGAUGAGGAUGAGGAGUUCAAGGAGCAGACACGUGUUCUGAAGGCCAGCAUUCCCUUUGCCGUGAUCGGCUCCAACCAGCUGAUCGAGGUGAAAGGGAAGAAGAUCCGGGGACGCCUGUACCCUUGGGGGGUGGUGGAGGUGGAAAACCCCGAGCACAAUGACUUCCUCAAGCUGCGCACCAUGCUUGUGACUCAUAUGCAGGAUCUGCAGGAAGUCACCCAGGACCUGCAUUACGAGAACUUCCGCUCCGAGCGUCUAAAACGAGCAGGAAGGGCAGUGGAGGAGGAUGUGGUGGACAAGGACCAGAUCCUGAUGCAGAAGGAGGCAGAGCUACGCCGGAUGCAGGAGAUGAUCACUCAGAUGCAGGCGCAGAUGCGGAUGAAGCCUGCUGAUGAGUGAGAUUGGGCUGGCUGUCCCGGGACGGGGUCCUUCUGCACGCCCCGUACAGAGCCUUCAUCAUCCAUUCAUCCCCCGACCCCUCAUGAUUGACAAGCAUUCAGACCAAUAGCAUCGGUUCGCUGCCACUCCCCUGAGCCCAAGUGCCUGCCCACACAGUCUACACCAUGCUGUGGAAUACUCUAACCCCCUCCCUGAAUUCCUGUCCCCUGCUCUGACCCCCUCCCUGAAUUUCUGUCCCCUACUCUGACACCCUCCCUGAAUUCCUGUCCCCUACUCUGACCCCCUCCCUGAAUUCUUGUCCCCAGGGCUCCCUGGUCAUUCUACAAAAGCAGCCUGUGAUUUAGUCCUGAAACAGGAUGAUCUGUUUACUUACAACCCCGCAGUAACUGAGUUUGAUGAUUUCAGGGGUGUCCUAAAUAGAUCACCCAUACUGUAGAUUUUAUUUUAAAAAACCAAAAAGGCUGAGUUCUCAAUCUUGGUCCUGCCCCCACCCCUGUCCCAUGUGUGCUGGUUAGUGUUUCUUCAUCAAAUUAGGUUGUUGAAAACUCACGCUGAAGUUCUUCCAUAAUAAUAAUUUCUCUACACAUUAACAUAAUGCAGGUUUUGCCAUUUACUUUGGCUUUGCUUGGAUGUCUUUGUUUCAAAUAUUUCAGUGACCAGGUUUCCACACUUUCCACUGAUUUCAUCAGUUACUCAGUGAUGUAAGACACAAAUUUAACCUUAAUAAUGCCAUAAUGCCUAUUUAACCUUAAUGUCUUAUUGUGCUGUAUUGGCCGUAUACCACAUUAAAUUAAUGCAUUGGUAUGCUUUUGAUUCCCCUUUAUUUUAGCUACUAAAUGAGACUAUUUCUUAUAACAUUUCACAAAUAAAUUCAUGCAGAAGAAAUGUUGAAAAACUUGCAGACAUGGGGCCCCAGGACCAAAUUUGUGAACUCUGGUCUACGGUACACACCUCUCACAUCAGGGACUAAUUAAGCCACAGACAUGACCUGUCUGAUGUAGGUGCUUGUCAUUGAUGGGCUGUUUACUAUGUGUUCCAGGCUGUCUGCAUUGUCCCUACUAGAUCUAUGUAAGAAAAGGGUGUCAGAAUUGAAUAGAAAUUUCACUUCAGCUAUUACUGCAACAUUGCAGUAAUGUCUAUGCAGUUCCACAUUUAUAAAUAUGGCACUUUAAAGAACAACGGGUGUCCACCUCCAUUUUUAAAUCUUCCUCUCCCUUGUUUUCUCUCAGUCCGUCCAGAGGAGACCACAUCCAGGAGUCCUUAAUAGACUUUUUCACAUUACUGGAGGCAAACAUGCCUGCAAAUUUUAAUUAGCGCCUGGAAACAGGCCCGAUCUUGCAGUUAUGUUUAGGGAACUCUGGCUCAUAGUAACAGCUGAAAGGGGUGCAGAGUAUUCUAUCACACAGCACCCUGGACAGCUCCAGCUACUUGUACAUGCAUUUACAGAGGAAACAAAACUUUUCCUGACAAUCUGCCAUCUGUCUGACCCUCCAUAUCUUUCUUUACCUUUUACUGCACUUUUAAGAGUCUUCAGCAUUUUCAUUUUGCAGUGUAUGCCUCUCACUCUUCCCUGUGCACUCUCUACAGUCUCCAUCACUGUUCCCUGUGCACUCUUUCCUGUACACUUGCUAUCUUUAGGCCAGUUCUUGGCUCCAGGUUUUUUUUUUUGAGGAGCAGCAUGUGUGCUGUAAGUAUUGAAAUAAUGUCUAAAAAUAGACAGCGCUGCAGCUUCCCUGUGUCAGUGUUGAGAAAUGUUUCACUAUAAUAAUUUUUUUCUUCAUUGUUGGUUAAUCCAGGGUAAUGGUGCUAGUCUGAGGUACGUCCUCUGCUUUUGUACGCUGACUGAGCGCAUUGAGAGCAUUGACGUUGUGUAAUAUGCUGCCUGGCUAUCUGUAAUUGAUGCUGCAGUUUAGCAGAAAAUUUAGCUUCCCCUGUUUGGACUUCCUGCCUCUGUUAGGUCUAUGACAUCACUCCACUGAGAGUCUUAGCACAGCACGUUCACUACCAGGAAGUGGGAGUGUGUUGUGCAGGAAGUGGGAGUGUGUGGCCAGUGGUGGAAGUGAGUUUUCACUCAGGUAUUACCAUCUUUACUGAGCGCCUUGAGAAGACGAUAACUUGCACAGUGGAUUUAGGAAAUUUAUCUGUUUACAGACCUGUCCUACAGAGCAGAAAUGGAAUAAAAGCUGUGUUUUAUUGUAAUUCUCAUGACUGAAAAAGGGAUAACCGAACAACUAUGUAAUGCAGUUGUGUGUCUAUAAAGUCCUGUGAACCAGGAUCUAUUGGGUUAAAAUGGGGGGGGGGGGGGGAAUUAAUAGGUAAACAUAAUGAUUAACUCACACUUCAGUUGACAAAAAUGUUUGUGUUCAUAUUUCUACUUACCUUAGUUCUCUCCAUGUGAUUAAUUGGCAAGAGUUAAUGUAGGCAUUCAAGAGACAGACUAUUUGAUGAAAAUGUAAUCAGAACCAAAUCAAAUACUUUAGUGAAUAAUGAUAUGGUUAUUGUCCCCUCAGCUCACAUUUUGUCUUAAGAAAGAUGCACUGUAAUCUAAGAAAUAUCUAAUUUCCUUAUUCUGGAUAAGAGUGUUCAUCUUAUAGUAUGUUAUUUUUACUUUUGUUGAAUUUGGCUUUGGGUCUUUUCUUGAUGCAUUGGUCUAACACUAUCGUCAGCUCUAUAUUCAGCCUUUGUGACAAGAUCUCAAUCUUUGAACCAUAUUAAGAAACGUGGGCUUUUUCCGAAUCAUUUUACUUGCCUGGUACUGACUAUACAGGUUGCAUACAGCUUGCGUACUCAAUAGUAGGCCAGUGAACUGCCCUUGACACAGCCCUUGCUUCCCCAAGACAUUCAUUCUGCUCUGAUGUCUAAGUGAAACUGGCCUGUCAGCUUUCUCACAGGCAUUUUAGCAAAUGGAGAUUUGAUUCCUGACAGAAAGGCUUCCUCAAUGUGUUUUUAGUACAAACCAUUUGUUAUAUAAUACUCUUUUUGUACUACGGUUUUACAUGGUCAUUAGUAAAAAUAAAUUUUGGCAGAAACA